GCCGCUCUGCUGCAGCCGCAGCUGCAGCUCUGCAGAGCAAGGCUGGGGGCUGGGGCCGGGGCGCCCUCCCUCCCACCUUUUCCCGCCGCUAUGAGCCAGGGAAGUUCGGGGGACUGGGCCCCACUCGAGCCCACCUCCGGACCCCCAGCGCCCCCCAAUCCCUUCGUACAUGAGUUACGUCUCUCCCGCCUCCAGAGGGUUAAGUUCUGCCUCCUGGGGGCACUGCUGGCCCCCAUCCGAGUGCUUCUGGCCUUUAUCGUCCUCUUUCUCCUCUGGCCCUUUGCCUGGCUGCAAGUAGCUGGUCUUACUGAGGAGCAGCUUCAGGAGCCACUUACGGGAUGGAGAAAGACCGUGUGCCACAAUGGGGUGCUGGGCCUCAGCCGCGUGCUCUUUUUCCUGCUGGGCUUCCUCCGGAUUCGUGUUCGAGGCCAGCGCGCCUCUCGCCUUCAAGCCCCUGUCCUUGUUGCGGCCCCCCACUCUACUUUCUUUGACCCCAUUGUUCUGCUUCCCUGUGACCUGCCCAAGGUCGUGUCCCGAGCUGAGAACCUUUCUGUGCCUGUCAUUGGAGCCCUUCUUCGCUUCAACCAAGCCAUCCUCGUAUCCCGCCAUGACCCAGCUUCUCGGCGCAGAGUGGUGGAGGAGGUCCGAAGGCGGGCUACCUCAGGAGGCAAGUGGCCCCAGGUACUGUUCUUUCCUGAAGGCACCUGUUCCAACAAGAAGGCUUUGCUUAAAUUCAAACCAGGAGCCUUCAUCGCAGGAGUCCCUGUGCAGCCUGUCCUCAUCCGCUACCCCAACAGUCUGGACACCACCAGCUGGGCAUGGAGGGGCCCUGGAGUACUCAAAGUCCUCUGGCUCACAGCCUCUCAGCCCUGCAGCAUUGUGGAUGUGGAGUUCCUCCCUGUGUACCACCCCAGCCCAGAAGAGAGCAGGGACCCCACCCUGUAUGCCAACAAUGUCCAGAGGGUUAUGGCACAGGCCCUGGGCAUUCCAGCCACUGAGUGUGAGUUUGUAGGGAGCUUGCCUGUGAUUGUGGUGGGUCGGCUAAAGGUAGCAUUGGAGCCACAGCUCUGGGAACUGGGAAAAGUACUUCGCAAUGCUGGGCUGUCCCCUGGCUAUGUGGACGCUGGGGCAGAGCCAGCCCGGAACCGAAUGAUCAGCCAGGAAGAGUUUGCCAGGCAGCUGCAGCUCUCUGACCCACAGACCGUAGCUGGUGCCUUUAACUACUUCCAGAAGGAUGCCAGCGGUUUGGUGGACUUCCGAGAUGUGGCCCUUGCACUGGCAGCUCUGGAUGGGAGCAGGGACCUUGAGGAGCUGACUCUCCUGGCCUUUGAGCUCUUCGCCGAGGAGCAAGCAGAGGGACCUGGCCGCCUGCUGUAUAGAGACGGCUUCAGCACCAUCCUGCACCUGCUGCUUGGGUCACCCCGCCCAGCUGCUGCGACUUUGCAUGCUGAGCUGUGCCAGGCGGGAUCCGACCAAGGCCUCUCCCUCUGUCAGUUCCAGGACUUCUCCCUCCGUGACCCACUCCACGGGAAGCUCUUCAGCACCUACCUGCGCCCCUCCCAGACACCAAAUGCCUCAUCCCCAGGCAGCCCCACUGCUCUGGCCAAUGGGACUGUGCACGUGCCCAAGCAGAAGGGCGACUGAGCGCCUCCACCUCCCCAGCUCGCAUCCAGCCCACAGACUCAGGGCAGCGCCAGGGGCUGACCCUGGGCCUCACGCCCUCUCUGCUCCUGCUUGAUUUUUUGUUAUUGUUGUUUGUUUUAUUAAGUUUGUUUUAUUAAGUUGAUUUUCACUUUUUGUUUGAUUUUUUGUAAGAAACUAUUUUAUAUAUAAAUAUAAAUAUAAAUAUAUAUCUAUAUCUAUUUAAGAAAAAUGCAG